AUGUCUCUGCCCAAGCGUGAGGUAGAUGAGCUGAGGCCAUGGGUGGAGCGCACAGUGAAGAAAGUCCUUGGAUUUUCUGAACCCACUGUGGUCACAGCAGCAUUACACUGCGUGGGUAAAGGACUAGACAAGAGAAAAACAACAGAUCAGCUGAGGCCAUUUCUUGACGAUUCUGCAAGUAGUUUCGUAGAGCGUCUGUUUGAGGCUUUGGAGGAAAGCAGAAACUCUCGUGGCAAUAAAAGUUCUGGAGAGAAGAACCGCAAAAGAGAAUUAAAGGAGGUGUUUGGAGAUGAGGUGGAAGGAGGAAAGGAUGGAGCGAGUGUGGAGUCAGCUGUGAAGAAGAAGAGAGUUCCUCGCUUUGAGGAAGUGGAGGAGCCGGCUGUUUUACCUGGACCUCCUACAGAAAGCCCCGGGAUGCUUACCAAGAUGCAGAUUAAGCAGAUGAUGGAAGCGGCCACACGGCAGAUUGAGGAAAGAAAAAAGCAGCUGAGUUUUGUAGCUCCUGUUCCCAUUGCACAGCCUAGAUUGCAGCUGAGUACACCUCAGACAGACUCUAGUUCUGCACGUUCGAUGCUUUCAGCGGCAAGUUCGGCCCAGUCCAUCGGCCCCUCCCAGGCUGCUAACUUCAUGAACGAUGCGAUAGAAAAGGCUCGCAAAGCAGCGGAGCUACAGGCUAAGAUCCAGUCCACGCUGGCCCAGAAACCAGGGAUUUUGGGUGCUUUGAAUAACACAGGCUCACAAAACCUGGUCGCUUUGGCUAACCUGCAUGCGAUGGGCAUUGCACCACCUAAAGUGGAGCCUCGUGAGAUUACAAAGCCAACGCCUCUCAUUUUGGAUGAGCUUGGUAGAACCGUUGACGCCAGUGGAAGAGAAAUUGAGCUUACGCAUCGCAUGCCUACCCUGAAAGCAAACAUCAGAGCCGUAAAGAGAGAGCAGUUUCGCCAGCAGUUAAAAGAAAAGCCCACUGAUGAUAUAGAGUCCACAUCCUAUUUUGACCCACGUGUGCCCCUCGUUCCUGCACAGAGACCCAAGAAAGGCUUCAAGUUCCACGAACAGGGCCGCUUUGAGAAGAUCGCCCAGCGCAUACGCACCAAGUCUCAACUGGAAAAGCUUCAGAUGGAGAUCGCUCAGGCUGCCAAGAAGACGGGCAUCCAGGCCUCCACCAAACUGGCGCUUAUUGCUCCCAAGAAGGAGCUGGGAGAAGGGGAGAUUCCUAGAAUCGAGUGGUGGGACUCCUACAUCCUGCCCUAUCACGUGAACCUAUCUGUAGAGAUGAAUUUAGAUGGCAUUGAGUUGCACGGAGUCACCAACUUGGUUGAGCACCCGAUUCAGAUGGCCCCUCCAGUGGACACUGAUACGGCAGUGACUCUAGGUGUGUAUUUGACCAAGAAGGAGCAGAAGAAGUUGAGAAGGCAGACACGCAGAGAAGGACAGAAAGAGCUGCAGGAGAAAGUCCGAUUAGGCCUCAUGCCUCCACCCGAACCCAAAGUGCGGAUCUCUAAUCUGAUGAGGGUGUUGGGAACGGAGGCUGUGCAGGACCCCACUAAAGUGGAGGCUCAUGUUAGAGCACAAAUGGCCAAGAGACAGAAGGCCCACGAGGAGGCGAACGCAGCACGUAAACUCACAGCAGAGCAGAGAAAAGAGAAGAAGGUGAAGAAACUGAAGGAGGAUUUAAGUCACGGGGUUCACAUUGCUGUUUACAGAAUUCGAAAUCUUUACAAUCCAGCCAAGAAGUUCAAGGUGGAGGCCAAUGCAAAUCAGCUGUACCUCACUGGCACUGUGGUCUUACACAAAGACGUCAACAUUGUAGUCGUUGAAGGAGGACCCAAGUCACAAAAGAAGUUCAAACGGCUGAUGUUGAAUAGGAUCAAAUGGCAUGAGCAAAAUUCAAAGAGAGAUGAGCCUGAAGGUUCAGAUGAUGAAGGAUCCAGGAAGACUAACAAGUGUACUUUGGUUUGGGAGGGUACAGCCAAGGAACGUAGCUACGGGGAGGUUAAGUUUAAGCAGUGCCCUACGGAGAGCAUGGCUCGGGAACAUUUUAAGAAGCACGGCACCGAACAUUACUGGGAUUUGGCUCUGAGUCAAAGUGUGCUGGAGACGACCGACGACUGAGACACUGACAAACUGAUCAUAAACAUUAGACAUAAAUGCACACUUGAACACCUGUUUUUGAGAGGUGAAACAGACUGUGGUUGAGUGGAACGUAUGUGUAAAUACAUUCUGAGUGUGUGAUAGUACGGUCGAGUGCGUUUUGCAUCGCUGCAUAAUGGGUGUGAAACAAUGAAUGGCUUAUAAAUAAGAGCUGGUUUGAUGAGCCUCUACCUGUAUGGCAGAACCUAACAAUAACUGCAGAUUAAACAUUGAUGGAUACUUUGGUUUUGUAAACCCUGUAACAGUUUUAUAGUGUUGGCUGUGCAGUCUGUGACUCUCAAUGGUAUCCAGUGCUAAUAUCGAUGCAGACAUUCAGUAAGCAAGCCUCACUGCUGGAGUAAACAACAGUUAACACUGAAGUUUGGUAGUCGGUGACUGGACGUGUUUCAGUGUAAAAACAAGUAAUUAUUUUUAAAGCUUGCCAUGCUUCUGUAGAAUAGAAAAGGUUUUGGCUCACCUGUACCAAUGUCCAGUUAAAAAUGGACCUGGCUUGAACCUUUCAUACAUUUUUUUCAUUUCCCAUGUUUUGUUUUUUGUUAAAACUCAAUUGAAGAUCUCUUACAGUGUACAUUAAACUGCAGCCAACCAAAUGCUGGUGAUUAAAGCUGGGAUAAAAGAAAAA